CGCCGGGUGCUCCAAACCAGCGUGCCGCGCGGCAUGGGAUAAGACGGGCCAUGGUGCGCCGAGAUCGCCUCCGCAGGAUGAGGGAGUGGUGGGUCCAGGUGGGUCUGCUGGCCGUGCCCCUGCUCGCGGCCUACCUGCAUAUCCCACCGCCCCAGCUCUCUCCUGCCCUGCACUCCUGGAGGUCGUCAGGCAAAUUUUUCACCUACAAGGGAUUGCGCAUCUUCUACCAAGACUCUGUGGGCGUUGUUGGGAGCCCCGAGAUAGCGGUGCUCCUGCACGGCUUUCCGACGUCCAGCUAUGACUGGUGCAAGAUUUGGGAAGGUCUGACCCUGAGGUUUCAUCGAGUGAUUGCCCUUGAUUUCUUGGGCUUUGGCUUCAGUGACAAACCGAGACCACAUCACUAUUCCAUAUUUGAGCAGGCCAGCAUUGUGGAGGCUCUUUUGCGGCACCUGGGGCUCCAGAACCGCAGGAUCAACCUUCUGUCUCAUGAUUAUGGAGAUGUCGUUGCUCAGGAGCUGCUCUAUAGGUUCAAGCAGAAUCGAUCUGGUCGGCUUACCAUAAAGAGUCUCUGUCUGUCAAAUGGAGGUAUAUUUCCUGAGACUCACCGUCCACUCCUUCUCCAAAAGCUUCUCAAAGAUGGAGGCAUUCUGUCACCCAUCCUCACACGACUGAUGAACUUCUUUGUAUUCUCCCGAGGCCUCACCCCAGUCUUUGGGCCGUACACCCGCCCCUCUGAGAGUGAGCUGUGGGACAUGUGGGCAGGGAUCCGCAACAAUGACGGAAACUUAGUAAUCGACAGUCUCUUACAGUACAUCAACCAGCGGAAGAAGUUCAGGAGGCGCUGGGUGGGAGCGCUUGCUUCUGUAACUAUUCCCAUUCAUUUUAUCUACGGGCCCCUGGAUCCCGUAAACCCCUAUCCAGAGUUUUUGGAGCUGUACAGGAAAACGCUGCCGCGGUCCACAGUGUCGAUUCUGGAUGACCACAUUAGCCACUAUCCACAGCUAGAGGAUCCCAUGGGCUUCUUGAAUGCAUAUAUGGGCUUCAUCAACUCCUUCUAAGCUGGAAAGAGUAGCGUCCCUGUAUUACCUCCCCCACUCCCUUACCUGUUGUGUAUUCCACUUAGGAAGAGAUGCCCAAAAGAGGUCCUGGCCCCCAAACACUAUUCUCUCACAAAGUCCGUCUGACUCACGUGUGAUUAGCAUACAGUGAAAAGCCCACAGAAGCUCUGGCUCAGGACGGCCCUAACAGUCCACCUCCCACUCUUCCAGCGUCCGAGCGAGUGUACGGACUUGCCUUUGUCUUUGUGCUAUUAGAAAAUUCUAUGAGCACUACUUCUCACAGAUUCAGAAAGACAGGCAUUUUAAAAGUCUUUUUUAACAAUUCUGUGGACUUUUCUGAAAUAUUUAGAAAUGCUCAUUUCUGUCCCAUCCUUGAUUGGAAUCCUGUGGUAAAGAAUGAGGCGAGGGUGUCUCCUCACUGGUCCUCACAUGGCUGUGAGGGCACCUGCUUCUGUAAGUUCUGUAAGCAACACAGCUUCGUGGGAGGGAGGCUCCCUUGUCAUAACUUUGGAUUUCGUUUCAUCAGCUGCUUUUAAUUAUAGGCAUUUUAUUGACCUAGGGUUUGGUUUGAAUAUGCAGUAUUCUAAGUAUACUUCAAGACUCUGAUUUACCUGCACGUAUUACACGUAUUUUAUAAGAAUACUAAACCAGCAGAUACUCUGGCAGAGUCGUGAACCUUAUUCAACAGGCUUAAUUGCUGAAUAAGUUGAUUUAAAAUGCGAACUAUUUACAGAAUUUCCUAAAGUCACAGGAUGUGAAGGACCAGUAGCAUCCGUGCCAGAGAUUUACUGUUAUUAGCUAAUUCUAACGGCAGAUAACAGUCUGACUCUUCAUACCUCAGUGCUUAGAAGAGCGUCCCUCCCGAGCUGGAGGGGAGGGGGUCAGUGUACAGCCUGAGUCGCCGUGCUGAAUGCACAGGGACUCCUUUCAUGACGACUGCGUCACUUCUCGUUGGUUGUCCUAGAGAAGCUUCCUCGUGUAGCUCAAUAAUUCCUGUACUUUACAGACAGGAAAGUUCCAGAAACUUUAAGAACAAAUUCUGAAAGGCCUAUGAGCAUAUGGUGCUGAAUAUGUUUUUUUUUAAGCCACAGCUUCAUUGUCUUACUCAAAACAGGAUGAUUGAGUGAUUAUUUUAAAUUCUUUUUUUUAUUAGCAACUUGAAGUAUAACGACUGAAACUGGAAUAAGUGUUUAUUUUCUAUUAAUAAAAAUGACUUUUGACAAAAGUGGACUCUGGCUUCCCCUCCCCCACCACCCAUCUGGGAUAAAAGUUUUCCAACAUUGUCAGGAGCUUUCAGACACACAUUAAAUUAAAGAAUAUGAUGAAGUUAAAGCAGCUGGGGUACAGGAUAGUAUUUGAUUUGCAACGUCACCCAAAGCUGUACUGUCAUACCAAAGUUGACCAAGUGUUAAUUAAAAAAAAAAAGAA